CCCAGACCAAUCCAUCACCCCUUCCCUCCUACUUAUGCCUUCCUCUCCUCUUCCUCUCAUCCCCUCUUUCUUCCAACUCUUAUUUCGAUAUCAUAGCGUUUCACCCAUGAUACCUUCAUGCAAGGCAGUUUAAACAAAGAGGAGCUUUGCUAAUCAUGGAGUCACCGGCGGUCGCCGGAGGAGCCGAUGACUCCGAGGGGUGCACCCGAGGUCAUUGGAGGCCCGGUGAGGAUGAGAAGCUACGACAGCUUGUCGAGGAGUACGGACCUCACAAUUGGAGCUCGAUCGCUGAGAAGCUUCAAGGAAGAUCAGGAAAGAGCUGUAGAUUGAGGUGGUUUAACCAACUUGACCCUAGGAUCAACAAAAGACCAUUCACAGAAGAAGAGGAACAAAGGCUCCUCGCGGCCCACCAGGUUCAUGGCAACAAGUGGGCGCUCAUGGCACGGCUCUUCCCUGGUAGGACUGACAAUGCUGUGAAGAACCACUGGCAUGUGAUCAUGGCUCGAAGACAAAGAGAACGGUCCAGGAUCAUUAGCAAGAGAUACUUUCAAAGUCCCCUUCUUGAUGAUUGCACCAACACCAGCACUGGACAUCAAGGAGAGAGUAACUCGAGGCCCCCAACAAAAGAUAGGAUCUUUGGGUUAUCACCUUCGAGGGCCUUCUCUGGAUCAACCAAAUCAUCAUCACUACGUGAUAAUUCUGGUGCGAAGAGAAUGGAUUACUAUAAUCAGAGACAUGGCUUCAAGAUUCUUGAGAGCUUUCACUCGACCAACCAGCGUCUUUUCUCACGCCACUGCACUUCCAUGUAUGGCGCCAAUCAGAAUUUCAGUGCACUAGGACAGGCCAACAAGAAGCCAUUUGUUUACUACCCCGGCGGAUUCACCUCUGGGAACGAUGGUUGUGCAGGAAAGGAUCCAAAUGAGUCUGAAAUAAUUAGAGUCGGGGAUAAUAUGAUUCGGUUGGUGAAUAUUAGAGCUAAUGAUGAGCAAGAACAGGAAGAUGACUCGCCGAGCUACAAGGAUGUUCCAUUCAUAGACUUCUUAGGUGUGGGUAUCGCCUCAUGAAUUCCAAAACCUCUAGUGUAUCUGAGAGGAACCACCAUGGUGCAUGGUGGUUGUCUUGUUGAUUUAGUGUAACUAAUGCUGGUUAUUUAAUGCAAGGAAGCCCUUGUUCAA